AGAACUACUACAUCAGGUUUCUUUUAUACUUUGAAAAAUAAUUUUCAUUUCAUUGCUUUUCCGUAGAAGUUGUUGGUUACGAGUAAGGCUGAAAAUGUUGCUGCUUUCGAUUCUGGUUUGCUUUUCUUCACUUCUUCAAGCAUCGUUAUCGACUCCUAUCUUGGCUACAAAACCAAAACCCGUGGACCUUGCAUUCACUUGCAUGGCAGUUUUUGAUGCAAAAGAAACGGACUUCAAACUCGACAGCGUGCCUGUUAUCUUGCUCCACGGAAUGACAUUGAAUAAAGAAACCUGGCACGGUAUCCUUGAACUCAUAGCUUUAGAUACGAAAAAGAAAGUUUGCGUCGCAGAUUUACGAAAUCAUGGACAAAGCCCAUGGAAUGACAAGGAGUAUGAUGUUAUAGCUAUGACCGAAGACGUAAAGCAUUUGAUGGAUCGAAUCAAUGCUCCCAAGGCUAUUUUGCUCGGUCACAGUUUGGGUGGCAAAAUAGGUGUUCACUUAGCCUUAACAUACCCAGAACGAGUGGAAAAACUAAUCGUGGAAGACAUGAGACCGAAUGGUCAAACCGAAGACAGCUUAAAAGGAGCGGAAUCGUUUGCUCGCUUGUUGAUAGAUCUGGAAAAAUACAUACCGCAAGGAGUCACGGAAAGAGAGGCGAAGGAAGAAUUCUUAAAAAUUAUGAAGGAGAGUCUAGCGAAGAUAAAUGUCACUUAUGAAAUAGAUGACCUAACUUACAUACCUGUCAAAUGCUCAGAUGGCAAAUGCAAGCUAAGCGUAAAUCCUGUAAUUCUGGAGGUUGUGGCGAGGAACAUUUUUGAAUUAUUAAACGAAAGUUCUGGCCGUUUUGAUGGACCAGCACUUUUCAUUUAUGGAACUGAAUCGGGUCUUAGAGUAAAUGAAGACGAGAAAAACAUUAAGAAGUUAUUUCCUGCUGCCAAACUCGUUGGGGUGGAAGGUGCAGAUCAUGUUGUGCACACAUCUAAGAAAUUCAUGAGAGAAGUCAUCAAAUUCAUCAACAGUAAAUGAAAAAUGGAACUCCCAUUUGUGUAAAAUAAUAAUUAGAAUAAAAUUGAAAUCCACUCAAA